GGUAAAUACGAGAAUGUAGAGGAACAACAGUAGAAGAAGAAAUCAGUUUCAUAACAAAACGUCACAUCCUUUGACCGCAGCUAAAGGUGAUCACCAUCAGGACUUUGCAUCAAUGUUGCGCUUGAUCGCAACAUCCCUGUGCCUCCGGUGCCAGCGUCUCACAGCUCUAACUUUAAACCUCAGGCCAUGUGCGACACUGAGUUCAGUAGAGAACCAGCAGACCGUGGAGGCUCUCUAUGAUCUCUCUGUUGAUAUCCAGAAGGUCCGGAAACUUAAGGGCUGGGUCCUGCAUCAGAGCCCAGCCUAUACUAAGGAGGUGGCUGACCUGCUGAAGGAUAUGGGGGCCUCAGGCUCCAUAAUCUCCCGGAUUUUAGCGGAACAUCCUGAGGCGGUCCUCUGUCACCCAGAGCAGAUGCAGGCGCAGAGGGAGCUGUGGAUGACUGUGUGCCCAAACCAGAAAGAACUGGUUGGUAUCAUUGAAAAAUUCCCCGCUUCCUUCUUCACAUCAUCAAGCCACCAUGACAACCAGCGGAAUAACAUUGCCUACUUCCAGAGCUUAAACCUCAACAAGCGAAUCAUCACCAAACUCAUGGCCAGCGCUCCCCAGAGCUUCAGCCGGCCAGUAGAGCAGAACGAGGAGAUGGUGCGCACCCUCCAACAGGCCUACCAGGAGCUGGGAGGGGAGGAGGCCAACAUGAAGAUCUGGCUUCAGAAGUUGCUGAGCCAGAACCCGUUUGUUCUCCUCAAGCCCCUGAAAGUGCUGAGGCAGAACCUGCUUUUCCUGAGAGACAAGGGCUUUAGCACAGCAGAGCUCCUCCGCCUCCUCUCCAAGCUCAGGGGCUUUGUCACUGAGCUGAACCCGGACAGCAUGCGUCGCACCCUGGCAUACUCCCAGGAGACCAUGGGCUGCUCCGAGCCACAGCUACGGGAAAUCAUCCUCAACUGCCCUGCUCUGCUAUACUACCCUGAAGCUAUUCUGGCUGAGCGCUUUGAGGGGCUCCUUAGUGCUGGGAUCAGCAUGUCUCAAAUAAUGGAGACUCCGACUGUCCUGGAGCUGACCACGCAGAUAGUGAAUUACCGCAUCCAGCGGCUGAGGGUGCACGGCUAUGACGUAAGGACAGGUAGUCUGGAGGUCCUAAAUGGCACUAAGAAGGACUUUGAGAUGAGCUACACUAAACUACAGCUACGUAUAGAGAGACCACUUUUUAACCCUGUCGCGCCUUUAAAAGGAGAUGACUGACAUGUGGACUAAUGAAUUAAAGCUGUGGCUGGAUGUUUAGUGUUCUUGUGAUUGUUUAUAUCUAUACUAUGUCAGUAUCAGAAUAAAGUGUCUAAAGUGUAAAGAUGCACCUAAUUCAAGCAUUUAUUUUAGAAUCCGAUUCAUGUGUCCUGCAGCUUAAUUAGACAAAGUACAAUGAUGCCAUUUGAACUUAACGGUGCAUUUUGACCACAGAGAUGCCUCUUAAUGCAACGCUACAAUGAGUGUAAAGACUGACCUAAAUUCUGCUUUUUCUUCAUGUGCUCAAAACUGGUACAAGGAAUCACAUUCAGGCAAAGUUUCAGCGAAGAGAAUUUGCUUCCUCCUGCCAAAAUCUCCAACCUUGUGGGAUGAAAAGUAAUCAAAUUAGCAAACUACUUGUCAUGUGAGUGUUUUUUCAAGCCCUGGUUUUCCUCUAAUUAGGCAGUGUGAAUCUUAACACUAAAUGCGAAAAUGUAUCAAAGUACAUUUUUUCACACGUAGUUUCAGACUAAAGAAAGCUGUGAUCGCGCCCUAUUUAUCAGUGAGUCUGAUGGUAUUACACAUGAAAAAACAGGGCACUUUUAUUGCAGGUGUAAAUUCAUAUUGGCAGAGGUGAGGAUGAUUAUUUAACGGCUUCCCAGAGUGAUAUCAAAAAAUGAGACAAAUGCAAUGCCAUCCUAAUAUGUCAUGCUUUUUAGGGAAGAUGUAGUCCA